GCAGAGCUAUGAUGCGUUAGUUAAUUGAUAUAUUUACAUACUUUGUGCACAUACAUGUAUGUACAAUUGAGAUGUGUACUUGUACAUAUCUCAAAACUUAAUGUUAAAAAAUACACUAUGCAUCCAUUUCAUUCCUAUAAUAUUUUAGCUAUCGACAUCGAGAUUGCAAAGGAUGAUAUGCGGAAAACGUGGGAGAUUGUUCGUAAAUUCGCAAGGCGAUGGUUGGACAAAGUUCGUCGCCGCCUCAACGCACCAAAAGAUUUGUUGCAUGAAAGUGUCUGGCUUGGAAAUUCGAAGGGGGUUUUAGAUGACACUCUCAAGGACUUGAAGGAACUUUCUGGUUAUGAUGGGGUGUUUGAGCGCUGGGACAUCCUCAUUCGUGGAGGUCAUCAUAGUAUGCAGAAGGAGGCUUGUGAUGAAACGCUGACCGGUGCUUGCGCUGCGGAUACUGGAAAGCACGCCACCGUUGGAUCAGAUCAUGGAGAUCGUGAGAAGCAAGAGAAGCGUGAGAAGCGUAAGAAAUACAUGGAACAGCACCAAAAAAAGCCAGAAAUUCCUCUCGAAAAGUGUGACUCGGAGAAGGAAAUUCCGAAGAAAUUAAAGAAACACAAGGCUAAAGAUAAGAAGACGGAAGGCAUGGAUUCCAAGCAGGUCAAGAGGGCGAAAAAUCGUCAGGAAGUGGCCAAACAUCCAAUCGUUCAGGCAGAACAGGAGCUCUUUAUCUUGCCGCCGUGUCAACCAGAACCAGCACCAACCUGCCUCACAGGACCACCAGCAAUUACCUUAAGUUCAGAUGAGGGGCUCACAUUAUUAAUUUCGUCGUCGUCUCAACCAGUACCAGAACAAACCUAUCUCACAGGACCACCAGGACCCACCUACCUCCCACCAGAACCCACCUACGUCCCAUCAGGACCCACUUACCUCCCACCAGGACCUACCUAUCUCCAACCAGGACCCACCUACCUCCCACCAGGACCACCAGAACAACCCUGCCUCACAGGACCCCCAGGAUCUACCUCAAGUUUAGAUCAAGGAUCCACAUCAAGUUUACCUCCCGAUCCUAGAUUGAUGCAGCCAAGUCUAUGCAAAGUCACCGAAGACGCACCCCCCUCUGAACAAAGUUCCCUCGUAUUGGGAGAUAAACUUCCCGACAAUCGUCCUGCUGCACAACAAUCCACAGCUUGCCUACCGGCCAGGAAAACAUCAUCCGAAGACUUCUCAUGGGUUGACAAGAUCAUAAGGAAUCAGCAAACAGUUUUGCAAAAUGAAAAAGAUAUUGUGGGUCAAGGGGAUGAAGACGCUAUUGAGGGCCUCAUCGAUAAGAGGAAUCUUUCCCGAGUUGCUUCUCUCAUCGCGGAAAAAGCACUCUGUAACCAAUUCCGUGGGUUAAACGACCAAUUAGACGAUCUUUGUAGCGACGACCAGUCCCAUAAAAAUUUGCCGUCUGCUAAACCACGACCUUCUGAUUAUUCGUUUGUAGACCAGAUUAUUAAUGACAAAAGAGACGCACUGCAAAAGGAACAGAAAGAUAUCUGUAAGGAAGACCCCAUUGCUUGUGAAUCUGCUUCUCAUGGCCGUGUGGCUCCCCGUCCAUCCGACUAUUCUUUUGUGGACCAAGUUAUCAAUGAGCAGAGAGACGCACUACAGAAAGAACAGGAAGCUAUCUGUAAGGAAGACCCCAUUGUAUGUCAAUCUGUUUCUAAUAGCCGGGUGCCUCCCCGUCCAUCCGACUACUCUUUUGUGGACCAAGUUAUCAAUGAACAGAGAGACGCACUACAGAAAGAACAGGAAGCUAUAUGUAAGGAAGACCCGAUUGCAUGUAAAUCUAUUUCUGAUGCCCAAGUUCCCCCUCCAUCCGACGGUCCCAGGCCUACCCUAAUUGCAUCAGAGUUGGUAGAUCAAGUCAUUAAAGAGAAAAAGGAAUCUUUGGAACGUUCAAUGAAUCAACCAAAUUUAGCAGCAGUAUCAGAGCCAGCACUGCCAUUAGCAAGCUCCUCCUCGUCAGGAUAUCUGGACCCAAACGAGGCUGGAAUUUCGAUGAUUCGAUCCGAAGUUAGACUUCAGCUUAAUGCCCUUCGAGGAGAGUUGGACUAUCUAAAGUCGCAGUUGGCAUUUCAAGGAAUUCUUAAACCUGAUGACGAUCAUCCAUCCCCACCACCUCGAUGAUCUUUCUGGCGAUAAGAUAUCUUGUGAUGACUACGGUAUAGAGAAACUGACGAUAAGAAAUAAUGACGAAAUAUAUUUAUGGGCUUAAUGUAAUA